UAGGUUCACUUAAUGCGUAUGACAGACGGCUGCUACAAAGAAGAAAAGUGAAAAACAUUGGAUUUUCAAGAUGGUCGAAAUACUAGGAGCCCCUGUAAUAAUAUCUUGUUCGUAUGAUCCUUCUUAUAAAGUUGAUGUCUACCUCCAUGACCAAUUGUGGGGAGGGUCAAUGACCUCAAAUGACCUGGCUAUAGAGGUCAUGACCUUAAUUUCUGAGCUGGAAGUUCUCUGUGAUAAAGAAUCGCAUCAGGAUGGCAAUCAAACUAAAUAUCAGAGAGGAAGCCAGAAGAAGACCUACACAGCUACAUUUGAAACACAAGCUGCGCUGCUCCGGGACAAACUGGAGAAACUGAUGGCGAAGCAUCCCGAUCCCAAGCCGAACAGUCUACAGGAGUACCUCUCACAAACUGGACUAGGAACACUGUACCCCCGGUCAGCCCACUACCUUGAGGGUCUUCGGGGGAAGUCACAAGCUCCAAAGAAGUCUCCAAUGGAUGGGUACUUGUCACAUCUUGCCGUAGUCAACCAAGUCAACGCACUUUGCAAACAGUUGCAUCACGAUGCCCAGAAUCUUAGCAAUCACAAAUACAUUGCUCACCAAGUAGCCCUUCUGUAUCAAUCUUUGAAUCAGCUUGGAAAUGUGAAGGCUCUCCUGAGCUAUCGUAAUAACAUCGAGGGUAUGUUCAAGAAGCUGAAGGCUGCCCUGGAGUUGACAGCGGCAGAUGGAGACUCGGUGCCUCACCUACCUGAUGAAUACAAGCAAUGGUUACUGGAGCUGACAGUAUCGCUACAGGAAGUGAUGUCAUCAUUCAAUUCUUCUUUCAAUCAGCCUCUCCUCCCGGCAAUGGGAUUCCUCCAACAAACGCUCUGAGAGGACGAUAGAAGAGGAAUGAGAAUCUGGAGAUAUGAUUGUGAGACAUUUAUUUUCCCUAGAACACUGAACAUUACUGCUCAGAGUUCCUCUGAUCCUCUAAACCUCUUCUUGGGGUAGUCCAGUUCGUUUUAUGAACUCUCCUGGUGACAGUGUGGCAGAGGGUCUUUGCAACAAAGCCUCUGACAAAAUGAUUGAUAGAAGGAUCAAACUAAGGAGAUUCGCUUGUGAAACAGUUCUUCCCAUCAAAACACUGAACGUUGUGGCUCAGAGGCUAACUCUGAUCCUCUAAACCUCUUCUGCAGGUAGUCCAGUUCCUUUUUACAAACUCUUCUCCCAGCAAUGGAGUUCCCCCAACAAAUGCUCUGACAGAAUGAUCAACAGAAGGAUGCAAUCUUCGGAAAGGCUUUCAUGUGGGAACCUUCUUCCCUGCAGAGCAAUGAACAUAUGUGGCUGACAGAUUUAUUCUGAUCCUCUAAACCUCCUCUUCAAGUAGUUCAGAUCCUUCUGGGAACUCUCUGGGUAUAUAGAUAGGUGGAACAUGGUGAACACAAUGCGAUAUAGAACUUGCUGUCAUUAUGGUAAAACACAAGUCCUAGACCCAGUUUGUAAACCCCCUGUCUGACCUUCCCUACAUGUGCUCAGUGGAUUACUGAAGGUUACUAAAGAGACACUGAUUUUCAGUGUUGACCUUUUGGUGUUUGUGUCAGGUCAAUUUUUACACAAUUAUAACACUAAACAUAAAAUGAAGG